CGGCAGAACAGGCGAGAUUACAUACAACGGCGGACCUGAACUAUUUAUGCUGUAGGCGGCCAAAAGGUUCAACACGAUAUCCCGGCCCGGCAGCUAUGUAUGUACCAUUGGCCACAAGCCUUGACACAGGCUUAGCGGACUCUUCCUUCAACCCUUCCGAUAGAUUUUAAAAGCUUUGGAUUUCCUCAGUGCAGAAGGCAUUGGUCAGCACCUCCAUCGAAUACUUUCUCUCACCGUUUCAAUCUCACACACAUCCAGUCACCCUUCCAAGUCGCAACCCACCAUGUUCCUCAAAGAUUGGAGCCUGCAAAGAUCGUACAUCAUCUGUGCAGUCAUCGCUUUGACUCUCCUACCCUCUGUUCAGCUAUCAGAAUCGCGCGAACACUCCCUAGUGCGAAGAGGCGUUACCCAUAACUGCGAUGUACAAUACGUUAACACGCCAAGUUCCCCUGAUGCGAAAUGCGUUGGCAACGACCACGUAUCUUACAGUUGUGCGAAGGAGAGUUGUACAGAAGAUUUUGAAUUCAAGAACUGCCAGCUGAUUAAUCCACACAACCCCAAUGCUUUACUGGGAAACGGAAGGUUUUUCAAACCAGACUCUUAUGCCACCGGACCCCAUUACAUUAAGGCCCUCAGUGGAGACACAGUAAGGGGAUGUCCGUUCAAUGAUAACCGCCAGAGGCAGUCGUGUAACCUAUGUGUUUUGAGAUAGCAAGCCACCGAAUCAUCCCCGUCCAAAUAUGUAAGCGAACUUUGCCGAUUUCCCUGGCCGUAGAUAAAUACCUUCGUCAAACUGUGCAAUCCAAAAUAUCCAGAAAACGUUUUGGUUCCAGUUUUGUUGGUGUUCCUCAAUGCGCUCUCAUCCUCUCCGUUCAACUCUUUCCCGUUCGCAGCCACUGCUUCCCUCGAAAAUUGGAUUCACACAUGUAUCACAUCUUUCAUCGGGUUUUUUUCCUGGUAGAAUAUAAAUAUAUAUAUGAUGAUGAUUGUGAGGUAGUGUUCUU